AUAACAUAUAUGUAUAACAUAUAUAACAUAUAUAACAUAAAAUAUAAAAUAAUACACACAAAACUUAGGAAUUCUCUUGCGUAGAUCACACUAGAGAGCAUUUAGUUAUGUAAAGUUGAUUACUACACACGGAUGGCUGAUGAUAAAGCUUUUCAUAGGAAGUAUAUGUUGUGCAAUUUGAGCAAAAAAAAAAACAAUUGCAUUUUAUAUAAUGUGCAUAUAACCUAAAUGGCUAAUUGCCCUGAUGCCAGGAUAUGUAACAUGACAAAGCCUCAGUUAUAUUACUGUAUACCCAACAUCAACUUUUGCGUUAAACCGUGUAAUCGACAUAACAAUAGUAAAAAUAGCAAUGCAGAUUAUAAAAACUUUUUUGAGCAUCACAUCCGCAAACGACGUUAGCAAACAGGCACGGCAAACACUUCACAAAAAGAACACAAAAUGCACAGGCACAAUGCUACCGUCAGACACACUAACCUAUGUACAUCAAUUCUACAACAAGAUGGUAUACUGUUUGGUGGAACCACACAAGAAGGACCUUCGCAUCGUUAAUACUUGCGACACGCGAACUCAUCAAGAGCUGCUCAAAAGCGAUGAUGCCGCAAAGAAGACAAAGCGAAGGAAAAAAGCAAAGAAAGACAAUAUUGAACAUCGAUUAUCACUCAGGUGGACUGAAGGAAGUGCAGUGAAUAACUAUAAAGGUAAUUUAAUUAUUCUUUUUAUUUCGUUUACAAACAACACUCUUGCGCAUGUUCUUGCAAGCAAGGCGGCUCUUGGAAUUACGCAAUUUUGA